AUGAAGAAGGCUGGUAUUGUAGGGAAGUUUGGAACCCGUUAUGGGGCUAGUUUGCGAAAGCAGAUUAAGAAGAUGGAAGUCAGUCAGCACUGCAAGUACUUCUGUGAAUUUUGUGGGAAGUAUGCGGUGAAGAGAAAGGCAGUGGGUAUUUGGGGCUGCAAGGAUUGUGGCAAAGUCAAAGCAAGCGGUGCUUACACAUUGAAGUAA